CUUCUUGAUCCUGAAGUAGAGCCUCAGCUGUUUUUGCUGCAGUUCUUGAAUCCGGUACCGGACCCGGACAUGGGACUGGAGGACGAGCGAAAGAUGCUGACCGGGUCUGGAGAUCCUAAGGAGGAGGAAGAGGAGGAGGAGGAACUAGUGAUAGGACUGAGGCUUUCAGUGCAUACUGGCAACCUUGGAAGGCAGGAUUGUGAAACUUUCCCCUACUACUUAGCAUCAGAGUUGAAUGGGAGACCCCAUUCUGCCAUUUCUGGCGGCAGUGUGGCUCUGCCAGCUGGCCUUCUGCACGGAUCCCCUAACAACAGUGAGAGAACAAUGCGAGCAGCUGGAGAAAUGUGUAAAGGCCCGGGAGCGGCUAGAGCUCUGUGAUGAGCGUGUAUCCUCCCGGUCACAGACAGAGGAGGAUUGCACAGAGGAGCUCUUUGACUUCUUGCAUGCAAGGGACCACUGCGUGGCCCACAAACUCUUUAACAGCUUGAAAUAAAUGUGCAGACUCAUUCACCCCAGCCUUCGUCACAUGGGCAUCAGGAUGUUUUCUUAUAGUUUUAAAUAUGCCAUCUAUUUCUAAUUUGUGUAAGUUCUUGUGAACCUCAUGGAUGUUGGCAUAGACCAGUAGCUUCUAUGUAAUUAACAGUAAUUCCAGCUUAAUAAAAUUCAGUGACAUGC